UGGGUCUACAGAAAGUAACUCUACAAGUAAUUUCAUUUGUGCCUUGGUAGGUCUAGCUUUUGUGCCACUCAUAAUUCACUAGUAUAAUAUAACAAUUCAGGGGGCCAAUUCUUGAAAUCGUGAUAAACUUUGUCGCAUGCGAUAAAAAUUUUAUCGCAUGAAAAUAAAUAAUCGGUAUUCUUGAAAAAAGGUAUGCAUUUAGUCGAACGAAAAACAUUCGACUAUUAGUCGAGUGGUUAAGAACCAGUGACAAAAUUAUAUCGAAGACUAUGAAAUAUUUACGAUAAAAGAUAAUAGAUAAUACUUGUAGGUUUUAUACUUUUAUACUUUUAUGUGUAUUUUACUUUGCAGUCUGUAUUAUAAUAUAAUUAUUCAUUAUUUUAUAUUAUACAUAAUUAAUUGUUCAACAUUAAAUUCCAAAUUCGUCAACAUGGAAAACUUCGAAGAAAUGGCAAAUUUGUUUGCCAUUCAAAAUAUGGAGAUGCAAGAAAAUGUAGGGUAUGGAAAACUAUCAACAAAAAAAAAUCGUAUCGAUCCUUUUACAUUGUCCGAUCGUCUGUUCAUAAAAAAUUUUAGACUAACUAAGGACCUAACACGAUAUUUAAUUGAGUUACUAUCACCAUUUGUGGAAGUUAAAAGUCGUUCGUCAGCUAUUGACUUAAGUACAAAAGUUCUAAUUGCAUUAAAUUUUUUUGGUACUGGUUCAUAUCAGUCACCUGUGGGAUAUAAUAUAUUCAAUGCAGUUUCACAACCGUCAGUUUCUCGAUGUGUGAUAGAAAUAGUAGAUGCUCUUAAUCAACCCCAAGUUAUAAACACUUGGGUUAAAUUCCCAUCAAAUAUUCAAGAACUAAAUCAAGUUCGCGACGAGUAAUACAAACAUUUUUAUAAUUAUAUAAUAAUAGGCAGAAAUUAAGGAUUAUUACCUACUAUGUUCAUGUAGGUACUUUAAACUUUUAGAGUUCAAUAUAAAGUUUGUUAUUUACUUAUAGCUCAAUGUUCCAAACUUAACAUUGACUUAACUAACUAAAGUUAAUAUUUUUUUGCUCACCUUGUACUUACCUAUAUUAUGUACAGUGCAGUGGCGAUCAAAUGAUUUUAUCAUGGAGGGGGAUGAGGCUGAUUUUUUAACAUAAGUAUUAUUUUGAUCUCUAAAAAUAUAAUAUAAUUUUUUUUUUCAAAAAGGUAUACAGUAAAUGGUAAUUAAGCCGCUCCAAUUUUAAAUUUGUGCAGACAUUUUUUAGUAAAGUAUAAACAUUAGGAAAUAAUUCUUCUUUACAUAACUUAAUAGCAUUGAGUCUGUUUGGGAGAUAUUUGAUAAUUCAAUUAUUUUUUUUUUCUUUUUAAUAUAUUAUGUCAUAUAAAUUGUUAUAAAUAUUGAAAAAAUGAUCAUGGGGGAUCU